AUGAGUGCCGGAGCAGGGACCCCUUACAUCGGCAGUAAAAUCAGUUUGAUAUCCAAGGCGCAGAUCCGAUACGAGGGAAUAUUGUCCUCUGUGGACACAGAUAGGUCCACGGUUGCUUUAGCCAAAGUCAAGUCCUAUGGGACAGAGGACCGACACACUGAUAGGCCGGUGCCACCGAAGGAUGAAAUUUAUGAAUACAUCAUUUUCAGAGGAAGUGACAUCAAGGAUAUCACUGUGUCCGAACCACCAAAACCACACCAUGGACUGCCCCGUGACCCUGCUAUUGUGCAGUCAUGCAUUGGCAGCGCCUCUGCUGCGUAUCACCCACGAUGGAGUCCAUACAGGGACAUGAUGCCCACCUACAACCAGCUGGCCGCCACUUCUCUACUCAACCAGCAGUACAGUGCAGCACUGGGUCUAGUACCGGGAUUUCAUGGCAUCCCAGCCAGAAGAGCCCCCAUGGUCGAGCAGGCUGUCCAGACCAUGCCAAUGGCCAGUGCUGCCCAGAAAAGGGGAAAGACCUCAACCCAGCCACAGAGCAGACAGCCUGUUCGCCCACCCCAACGCUCUGGCCGAGAUGGUUCCCAUCUUCAGAAGGAGAAUGUACCCUCCAGUCUGGCACCAUCUCAGCCAACUGCAACUAAGAUUCAAAGCCAAAGUACUGAGAACCAGAAGCAAAGGCAAAAACAAGGCAGUCGCAGGUCAAGGAACCGAAGCAGAGGCCAACUCCUCGUGAAAAACCCAAAGGCUACAAGUUUGCAGUUUGAGUCAGAUUUUGAUUUUGAAACUGCAAACGCUCAGUUUAAAGAUGAUCUUACAAAGGAGAUUGUAGUUGAAAAGGUGGAUUCUGCAAAGGUCCCAGACAGUCAGGGUAUGGAGGAGGAGGAAACUCUCAGCGAUAAGUACUACGACAAAGCGAAAUGCUUCUUUGACAACAUCUCAUCAGACCUUAAGCCCCGGAGAACCACGUGGGCAGAGGAGAAAAAGUUGAACAUGGAAACAUUUGGAGUUCCCGGUCGCUUCUUGAGAGGCAGAGGAUUCAGAGGCCAAGGACACAGAGGGCAGAGCACCGCUGAGCAGCGACCCCUCCCGAAAGUUGGUAGUGGGAGGGUGUGAAGGCUUUUCUGUUUGUCUUUUUGUUACCCUUUUCUGUAAAUAAUAGAGUAGUUUUCUACUAAUUUAAAAAAGUACCUCCCUAUUUUCCCCCUUUUUUGAAGGACUUGAAGCAGAGAUUUUUUUUUUUUUGUUUAGGUUUUUGUUUUUGUUUUUUUGUUUUUUUGUUGUUUUUUUUCCUCCAUCACUUUGGACCCUUUAUAUGAAAUGGGAGAGCAAUUUAUUUUUAAUCCAGCAGCUGUGCACUAAAAACAAAUUUAUUCAACGGUAGUUAAUUUAGAAGCGUGCAAUGUGGAAUGUGUAAUUUUGAACAGGCCAGCAGGCAUGCAUUUAAUUUUUUUGCUAAAUGUCUGUAUUAAAUAUGUCUAAUUGAUCGCAAAAAUGUAA